CGCGAGCAGUAUGCAGUUCCCGAAAGAAUGCAGUUCGACGAGCAGCGCGGUCUCGCAGCUCCCAACUGGAUGAACGAUCGCUUUCUUCAGGAGGUGAUUCGCAAAGCCAAAAACGACGGUUCGAUCGCGCUGUGCCACGACUGCAAAGUUCGACCAGGUGGCCGGGAUGGAGUGCAACACGCGAGCAACCUCUUCCGCACCACCGUUCACUAUCGGUCCAAGCACGCACCGCACCAGGAGCACGCCACUGAUUUGAUAGUGAAAAUGGACCGCGGGUUUGGAAGUGAUGUGCAGUUUGUGAAGGAGAUUCGCAUGUACAGGGAGGUUCUGCCGGCUAUGGAGCAAGUGUUGAAAACUGCUGGAGGAAGUUUGAGUGUGCCAAGGUACUUCUAUUCCUCCAAUGAACCAAGGAAAUUUAUCGUGAUGGAGGAUUUGUUUCCAUCUGGGUGGAUUCAGAAGGGAGAAAUAAAUUCCAUCGAAGAUGCAACAUUGUGUGUAAAAGCAAUUGCUAAAUUCCACGCUGCAUCGUACAUUCUCAGCAAAAAGAACCACAAUCUUGUUUCCAGCUGCACCAGAAUGGACAUGGACAUUCAUAAAAUGGUAUCCACCAUCGGCUCCCUAGCUGAGAUGCUCCGUGCUCGACCAGGUAGCAGCCAGAUUGGCGUUAAACUCCAUUCCAUGAAACCCCGGUUCCAGAGCAAACUCAAACAGAUAUACAACCCAAAUAAUCAGCCCCAUUCCAUCUCUGUCCUAAACCAUGGCGAACUCAAUGUGACCAAUCUGUGGUACCGGGUGCAUCCCGACAGCGAGGUGGCGAUGAUUGACUUCCAGAACUGUCACUGGGGAACACCGGCCAUCGAUUUGCUGUGCCUAUUUGAUUUGGUUCUGGAUCGAAGUUUGAGAAGAGCGCAGAGUGAUCGCUUGGUUCGCGUAUAUUACGAAUGGUUCAUGAGUUAUCUCGGUCAAACGGGGCACAUGGCAUCGCCUUUUACUCUACAGGAGCUUGUUAAGGAGUUGCGAAAUUGGGCAGUACUGGAGUUGCUGCACUUGGCCCAAAGGAAUCAACUAAGAAACAGUGGUCCUACAAGCGUGAAUUCCAUCGAUGGAGAAACUACUGAUACUGAAAUUGAACAAGAUUUAAGUGAGCUUAUGCGUAGAGGAAUUUUUGAUUAAAGUUUUUUUCAUCCACGGAAAUAAAAUUAUAUGAUACAUGCACACAAGUGAGAACUUGUUAAAAAAAUGUUUUGACGUUUCUCUUUGUUG